AUGAUAAAAUCUGUGCAACUUUUCUUAGAUGGCGACGAAGGAAAAGAAGACAUUGAUUUUGAUGAACUUGACAUAAAUAAUGACGAAGAAAAAGAAGAACUUGUUAUUAACGAACUCUCGGAAUGCAUUCGCGAUGUUGUGCGCGGAUUUCGGUGGAACCCGACACUUGCGAUGCUAGCUCGUCUUCUUGAGCUUCGGGACUUCAUCACCGAAACAGAAAAUUCUCGUGCAGAUUUUAAGAUCAGUGAGAUUCAAUGGAUUGGCAUCCAGGGGAUAUCUUCCGUUCUCGAGCCGGCCCGAAAAGCAUCAGUCAGGGAGGUAGAAGAAAUCGACACAGUAUUUGCGAAAGCUUUUUCCGCGGCUCUUCAAACACGGGAAAAUACGUUGAUGGAUAAUGACAUUUCUCGAUCAGCUAUAUAUCUAGAUCCUAGAUUUAAGGUUAAUUUAAUUCUAUCUACUGAUGAGAGGGUAAAAGCCAAAGCUUAUUUGAUCAAUCCGUGGCAAACUGUCCAUCAAAUGAGGUUAGACAGAGAAUCUAACAAUAACUCUUUCCCACACGGACAAGUUGAGUCUUUGAUUGAGCCUCUUGAUAAGUUGGAAUCAGCCUUGCGGGAACGUGAAAAUUCAAUCGUUUCUCCUACAUUCGCCAUUGAAAACCAACAACUCGACCACCGUUUGGAAAAUUUGAAGGUCACCCGUGAAUAA